AUGAAAAUGUUGUUAUUCUUAAUUUUUCUUUUACCAUUUGUUAAAUGCGAUGAUAAUUAUUCUCAUCUAAAAACUUUCAAAAAUCUUACAAAAUUUGUUGAUUUCAUAUUUUGGUCGACCCGCGAAGAAUACCCAGACAAAUAUAUCCCACAUUUUGCUGAAAACUUUGUGUAUCAUUUCGGUUGGUUCAAAUUCAAUAGAGAUCAGUUUGCUUAUGUGAAUGCUCUGAGAAAAGUUGGAUUGAUUGGUGAACUUUUGAAAGUUAAGGGUGAAAGAUUUGAUUAUGUUUUCGAAAAUGGAGAGAAGAGAAGGUUUCUUUUAUUAUCAGUUAUUGCGAAUACAACUGAUGGAUAUACAGAGCUCAAGAUUUAUAAAUUGAAUGAACAUAUGCAUUUUAGAAUGUUGUCUGGGAAUCAAUUACUUCCAAACUCUCAAAAAAUACCAGGGAAUGAAAAACAAAGUAUUUAA